CGCUUCUGCUCGCACGGUCCGAUAGCUUUCAGCCUCGUGGACCCCCAUGGGACUGCACUCGCGCAGGCGCAGCGUCGACGUCGGCGGCCUCGCCCUCGCCCUCGGCGACGAAGGUCGCGGCCAUGGCUGGGGCGGCUGGGAGGAAAUCCAGGAUGGCGAGACCAGAUAUGCCGAAGUCUUGAUAGACGUCCGUGCGCACACCGAGACAAUAGUCAACUCGGAGCCGCCCUACACCACCUCACCCAUGAUUAACGUCGACGACAAGACACGGCGCCGCCUAAUCGAAUCCCUGGACUCGUGGCAUUUCGAACCACACAAGCUCCCAGAAGAGCACAUCCUUGCCUGCACCUACAUCCUCUUCGAGGCUCUCUUCCGCAUACACGGCAUGCAGGACGCUAUCGACGUAUCCUUGGACCAAAUAUCCACGUUUCUCCAGCACCUCCGUCAGCUCUACCGUCAAAGGAACACAUACCACAACUUUCAACAUGCCCUCGACGUCUUCCAGGCGACCUUCUUCUUCCUCUUCACCGCCGGCAUUGUUCCGCCCGUCUCCAUACUCUUGCGCGCGGACGCACGCCUGUGGCAACCAGACAAGCAGCGCGCAAAGAGAGAAAAGUCGUUCAUCGGCUCUCUCACACACGAGGACAUCUUUGCAUUGUACAUCGCAGCCGUGGGUCACGACGUGGGGCAUCCUGGUCUUACAAACGCCUUUCUCCGCAACGCGAAAACGCCGCUCGCAGAGCUCUUUGAGAACUCGACGCUCGAGCAGCUGCAUUACAGCCUCAUCAUGCAGCUCAUGCGACACCAUGGACUUGGCACCCUCCUGGAUCGCCCAAAGUCCGGCCCGCCGUUCAGGAAGCUUCUCGCGAUGACCGUGCUUGCGACAGACAUGAGCGUCCACGCCGAGUUCAUGCAGUGCUUCAAAGAGAUGGUGAACGCCGAGAAUCCGAUCGACCCGUUUCGGCAAAAGGUGCUCGUGUGCCAGGCGUUGAUCAAGUGUGCGGAUAUCAGCAACCCCAGUCGGCCACAUACGGUGUCGCAGCACUGGGCAGCGGCUUUGGAGGCAGAGUGGACGAGUCAGUUCUUGCUUGAACAGCACCUGGAUUUGCCGACCUCGGUGAAACCGUCCAAGGACGCGCUGAGCGAGGCAAAGGGCCAGGUGUUCUUCACCAGCCAUUUCACGUACCCGCUGUUCGAGCUCACCGCUUCUGGAAUCCCACAAAUGGCAGUCUUCGCACAGCAAUGCAAGGAAAACCUGAAGCAGUGGGAAGAUCGCUGCGCUUUGCUAUCAGCUCCGGAGAAGCACAGUGGGGACUCACCACUGAACCGUGCUCUUGCCCAUGGACACUCGCACUCGCCCGAGGACUUUCUCUCCGCUUUCCCACCAACACUUCCCAGAGAUUUCCUGCGGGAACACGUGCACUCGGUUCCGUCAUCAUCUGACCAUGAUUCGGGACACGAGUACUUUGAUGGAUCGUCGGUCUCGCCGCCGGGUUCUCGACCGUCGACUUCUGGCAGUGGCUCUUCCGCCUACAGCCACUACCACACCUGUUCCUCCACGUCGCCAUCACCUCCUCAUUUUCGCGUCUCGUUUGAUCCGUCCCUAGGCGAGCCACUACCGCCGCCGCCGCCUCCGCCUCACGCGACCACCACGCAGCUCCCACGUCUGGAAAUCACCAAGUCGCCUGCGGCGAGCAUUGCCUCCGCCACGUCCAAUACGUCGUCGCUCUUCAUCAACACGCACGACGCGACGAGCGCUAUUCGUGCGGCCUACAAGGCAAGCGUGCGGAAGAAGAAGAGCUUCCACCGGACGUCGUGGAACCCGUCGCCGAGCGAGUACCAGGAGGUGAUGCAAGGCAAGGUGCGCGGACCGUCGCCGAACUGGCCUUCGAGCCCCAGGACGGCGAGCCCUCGCGUCAAUGGGCUGGGCGCGCCCCGUGAGAACAUGGCGGCGUCCCCGAAGGCGCUCAGCCCGCUCUCGCCGGUCUCGUCCGGGAGCAACCACAUGGGCCCGCUCAGUGCGCGGUCGGUCUCGACCGUGUCGUCUGCGUCGCCGGUCACGCCUGAGAGUGCGCUCCGUUCUGCGAACGGCCCCGGCAACACGCUCCUGAGCACGCUCGUGUCUGGUGUGUCCGCGCAAUGCUGAGUGCCGUUGUUUCAUUUUCGACCUCCUCUUCGUUCACCGGCCCCACGAGCGCCCCGUAAUACUUGUUUCUUCGUCGUUUUCCUUGCGCACACACAUCACUCAUAAGCCUGGCCUCCUGCCCUGGCCUCAUCUAACACACACAUUCACAUCCACACACACACACACAUCUCAUGGUCAUUGUACGCCUGAAUCGUGUAGCCAUCUGUAGCCCUUUCCCUCUCUCUCUCUCUCUCACUCCUGCUGAUCACUCUCACUCUCUCUGUCUCUGGCCUACUUCCUCUGUUGGCUCGCACGCGUCUCUAGCAGCUAGCGCCACC